GGAAAACGGAAAAUGUUUAAACGCCAUUACAUUAAUACAGUAAUUAAACAUGUGUAGACCAAAUUAAAAGGCGCAAAUUAAGUACUCAGUAAUAAGUACUCACCCCUUCCGUGAACGCGCUUUUUAGCCAUGACGCGAACAAUCCGCGACCGUUCAUCAGUAGGCAUCAUGGCGACUCCUCUUGGGAAGAAGCGUGGUCUUGAACAUUUGGACGCAUAUGAACCAAAACCAGCCAAACACCUCCGAAGCCUGCACGACCGCAUGGCAGAGAGGAGGCUGGUUGUUAUUCUGGAGGGGGCAUCGUUAGAAACAGUGAAGGUCGGAAAAACCUUUGAGCUGUUAAACUGUGACCAACACAAAAAUAUGAUCAUCAAAAGCGGAAGGAAUCCUGGCAACAUAAGACCAGAUAUCACACACCAGUGUCUGCUCAUGUUGAUGGACAGUCCGCUGAACAGGGCAGGCCUGUUGCAGGUUUACAUCCACACAGAGAAAAAUGCCUUAAUAGAGAUCAACCCACAGACCCGCAUUCCAAGAACCUUCACUCGUUUCUGUGGCCUUAUGGUUCAACUGUUGCACAAGCUGAGCGUCAGGGCCGCCGAUGGUCCUCAGAAGCUUCUGAGGAUGAUCAAAAACCCAGUGUCGGACCACCUGCCUCCUGGCUGCCCCCGCAUAUGCACCUCCUUCUCUUCUGGAGAGGCUGUAUGCCCCCGAACUUUGGUGCCAGACGGACCAGCUGCAGUGGUGGUUGGAGCAUUUGCACAUGGAGCGGUGAAUGUGGACUACACAGAGAAGAAUGUAUCCAUCAGUAACUACCCACUCUCUGCCGCGCUGACCUGUGCCAAGAUGUGCUCUGCGUUUGAGGAAGUUUGGGGCGUCCUGUGACCAACACUCAGUGAACUACUGAUGUUGACCAAGUGGAGGCAGUACAGUACACGGACAUUUUUUUAAUAGACUGGAAAUGGAUAUAAUGGAAAUGUUGGGCUGACAUUUCCCAAGUGAUGUCAUGUGGAAUACAGACAUGUAUCCUGUUACACACUGCAUGUGUAAGUUUGUAUGAUGGUGUUUGGCCACCAUGUGAAGUAUACAGUGUGUUUGCUCUUCAUGUGGAAAGUGUGGCUGUAUUUUCUACCAUUAUCAAUUACUACGUUUUGGAUUAUCAAUCAAUACAUUUACAUUAAAAUAUGCAACCAAAAUGAUUUGUUGUUUUUUUGUUUUAUAACGACUGAGACGAGUUCACUAAAAGAAAUGACAAGCACAGUGGAGACAAAUGAUGACAAGGUGAUGAUGUACAUGAGUUUCCCUGAGAACAUGGAGGUAUAAAAAAAACAAAACAAAAUAAGACAUUAGAAAAAAACAUUUAACACAUCAAAAGAACAUGAAUUUCUCUUAAUGCUAAUAAAGGUAAGCUCUUCCUCUA